UUUUCUCUCUCUCUCUCUCUCUCUCUCUCUCUCUCUCUCUCUACAUUUCUAAUUCGAUCCUCUCUAGACUCUCUUCAUCUCUCUCUCUCUCUCUGUUUUCAUUUUCAUUUUCUUCUCCUCCAAGUUUCUCUUCUCUCUAAAUCAGAUCUCCCAGAGCGACUGUUACAGAAGCACUAGAGGCUCAUCCAUGGCUGGCCGUUUCGAUAGCAACCCCUUCGCUGAAGAAGAGGAAGUCAAUCCGUUCUCGAAUCAUGGAAAUGUUGCUCCUGCCAAGAACUCAAGACUGUCGCCUCUGCCCCCGGAGCGCGCUGGUUUCAAUUAUGGUAUUGGUGAAACCGUCGAUAUACCUAUUGAUGGAAGUGGGGAUUUGAAAAAGAGGGAGAGGGAACUCCAAGCUAAGGAAGCUGAACUAAGAAAGCGUGAAGAGAUUGUAAAACGGAAAGAGGAUGCUGCAGCACGAGCUGGAAUUGUUAUUGAGGAAAAAAAUUGGCCGCCAUUCUUUCCACUUAUCCAUCACGAUAUUGCAAAUGAAAUACCAAUUCAUUUACAGAGGGUGCAGUAUGUUGCAUUUACAACAUGGUUAGGUAUUAUUGCUUGCCUAUUCUGGAAUAUCAUAGCUGUGACCACAGCCUGGAUUAAGGGUGAAGGGGUGAAAAUUUGGUUCCUCGCGAUUAUAUACUUCAUUGCUGGGGCACCUGGAUCUUAUGUGUUGUGGUACCGCCCUCUUUACCGUGUGUUCAGGUCUGAGAGUGCUUUGAAAUACGGAUGGUUUUUCAUGUUCUAUCUGUUUCACAUUGGCUUUUGCAUCUUUGCUGCGGUUGCUCCUCCAAUAAUCUUCAAAGGAAAAUCUCUCACUGGCAUUCUCGCUGCAAUUGAUGUUUUGAGCGAUCAUGCUUUGGUUGGGAUCUUCUACUUCAUUGGAUUCGGCAUGUUCUGUCUUGAAUCAGUGCUUAGCAUCUGGGUUAUUCAGCAAGUAUACAUGUACUUCCGGGGAAGUGGUAAAGCUGCUGAAAUGAGGCGAGAGGGAGCAAGACAUGUUGUGAGGGCAGCAAUAUAAGGGAAAGAAACAUGUACUCAGUUGAAAAGACGGCGACUCUGUAUUGAUCUAGGUUGUAUAUGCCCUUAGCUACAGGAUUUGCGGAUACAGAUGUUUUUCCCGAGCUUUUAUUUUUUUAUUUGUACCCCCUUUACAUGUUUCACAAGUGAUUAAAGCGCUACCCUCUGUUAUUAUACCGGAGAUUUGAGUCCAGGGCUUGUUAGAAACACGUUUUUUUCUGUACUUUGUUGCUUCUAUGAAUUCUGUAAUGGAGUUUAAUUCAAUACAUUUCUUAGUUUAAAACCA